AUGGAUACGGUACAAAAGCAACAAGCUGUACAGCAAGCUGGAGUGUCACUCUUUUUUGCACAAAUUUCACAAACUUCAAGUUCUAAUGCGAACAACUCAACACAUUUUCAACAACGAAGUUCACAACUUCAGAACCAACAGGUAGCCUUGAAUCCAAAUGCUCCUGCUUUCCAACCAACAAGCGAAAGUGUUCCUGGUUGCAAUACCCGACACAAUUUUUAUGCGUCUCAAGUCCACGGUACUCAAAUUUUAUUAGCCACUGCGAUCGUUAGAGUUAAAUGUGAAUAUGGAAGAUUUUCAGAUCUCAGAGCACUUAUUGACCCAGGCUCAGAUGCCACCUUUAUCUCUGAGUCAGCAGCAAGGCUUUUAAAUCUCACCCAACACCAAACAAAUGUUAAUGUAUCAGGGCUAGGGAAGGUCAGCAGCGGCAUCAGUCAAAGUAACGUUAACAUAAUGUUUAAAUCUAAACAUUCGACGUUUGAAGGCGCAACCAAAGCGUACAUUUUUAAAUCGUUGACUGGCCUUCUUCCGGCCCACAAAAUGAUACCACACAAUUAUGAUCAUUUGGCUAAUUUGCAGUUAGCAGAUCCUGAAUUUUAUGUUCCCGCUCCAAUCGACAUACUUUUCGGCUCAGAUGUUUAUCCGGACAUUAUAUUACGGGAAAUUAUUCGCAGCGAGCACGUAGUCGCUCCCAUUGCACAAAACAACCAAUUGGGGUGGAUUAUAUUGGGUAAGAAUCCUGAAGUUAUUCCAAAGCCGAUCCGAAGUUUCUUCCAACACAUUGAUCUCGAUACACAAAUCCGAAAAUUUUGGGAGAUUGAAGAAAUUCUUUUCGUGAUUCGAGCUUCAGAAGAGGAUAUUGCCUGCGAAAAGUAUUUUAAUGAAACAACCAAGCGAUUAUGUGAUGGGCGGUACGAAGUGAAUCUUCCAUUUAAAGUAGGAUUUCAUCCUGAACUAGGAUCCAGCAAAGAAAUGGCAACUCGACGUUUUUUAUCUUUGGAACGACGAUUUGAAAGGGACCCAAAAUUGCAAGAAAGUUACAGCCAAUGUAUCAUGGAAUACCUUAGUUUGAAACACAUGGAAGAAGUAGACGUAAACGACCCAAUUUUGAAAACCCCUUUUCACUAUUUUCUUCCUCAUCAUGCUGUAUUUAAAGAAUCGAGUUCUACCACAAAAUUAAGAGUCGUUUUUGAUGCAGCCUCAAAAACCUAUGAUGGUACAUCCUUAAAUCAACACCUGAUGACAGGUCCUAAACUUCAAGAAAACAUUGUUGACAUAAUUUUAAAAUGGCGAGCAUUCAAAUUUACAAUAACAGCUGAUAUUGAGAAGAUGUAUCGCCAAAUUUUUGUGCAAGAACUGGAUAGAUACUAUCAACUCAUUAUUUGGCGUGAAAAUCCAAAGCAACCCAUCAAGGUCUUUAAACUGAAGACGGUCACUUUUGGCACGGCUUGUGCGCCUUACUUGGCCAUUCGAGUCCUACACAAAGCCGCUGAUGAUGAGUCUGAAAGGUAUCAAAAGGGAGCUCUUGCGGUUAAAGGUGAGAUGUACGUAGACGAUUUCAUGAGUGGAGGAGAUUCUAUAGACGAAACUCGUAUAAAACGCGAAGAAACACGAAAUCUUUUGGCGUCUGCAGGUCUCAAACUUCGGAAGUGGACGUCCAACUGCAAGGAUCUUCUGCAAGACUUACCCAAAGAAGAUUAUGAGAUAACUUUUGAAGUGCCUUUUCAAUCAACAGAUCAUGUCAAAACAUUAGACAUAAGAUGGAAUUCACAAGAAGACUCAUUUUCGUUCAAAAACUUUCAACAGGAAACCGAUGAAGUGACAAAAAGGACAAUGCUAUCAGCAAUUGCAAAACUUUUUGAUCCGCUUGGCUGGAUUGCGCCAUGUGUGAUCAAAGCCAAGAUCAUAAUGCAAAAAUUAUGGUGCAGAGGAACCGAUUGGGAUGAAACCAUUUCAUCAGAUCUUAAAGAAGAAUGGCAAGUUUUUCAGACGGAAUUGCCUUUAAUACAACACGUUAAAAUCCCACUAUGGAUAAAUACACAACAUACACAGAAAUCGGUGGAAUUUCACGGUUUUAGUGACGCGUCGGAGAAGGCUUAUGGAGCAGUUGUCUUCAUACGUGUCCUUGAUAAUGCCGAGAAUAUUCACAUGCAUAUACUAACAUCGAAAACAAAGGUGGCUCCAUUGAAAACAGUCAGUCUACCACGACUAGAACUAAGCACUAAGUGA